UUAUCGAGCGGCAGCCAAUCAGAGCGCUUCUUUUAGGGCGAGCCUCCGCCGCGCUCAGCCAAUCAGAGACGCGGAAUAGGACCCGUGCCUCCGAGUUGUGCAGCAAUGCUGUCACGUGACGCUGGGAAAAGGAAUGCCAACAUGGACCCGUGGCAAGGACGGGAUGUGAGUGUGCUACGACAAUAACACGACGGAGGAAAAGAGAGAACAGGAGAACACUAGAGCCAUCGACGGCGCCGCAUCUCCUUACCGAGCCUCCUCCGAACUACACACGGUUUUUUUUGUUAUCCCACUCCUGGAUAGUGUUUCCUCAACAUCCUCUCCUGUGUGUUUGGCCUGGAUCAAUGGUGUCUCUCAGCAGCAGAACGCUGAUUUUGGAGAAUGACCUGUUUAGGGAUAGCAGCAGCCUAUUCUCCCUUGGCCUAGGAGAUGGCGUCCACAGCGAAGGGGGCAGUUCAGCCUCCUGCAACAGCCCCGAAACUGGGGAGGUGGGGGCUGUGCACAGCUCUAGCCCUGGAGAGGAGGAAGAGGAGGAUGAAGAAGAAGAUGAGGAGACGAGUCUGCAUAUUUUUUUAGGAACAGAGGGAGAAGAGGAGCCUGCGAGUCAGGAUCCUAAACUGCCAGAAUUCCCUUUCCAUCCCUCUUCCCCGUUCUCCCCGACCCUGGAGGACAUAGAGGAGUUCUUGAGGGAAAAAAUGGAACUGGUCAAAGAGGGGCUGCUGACUCCAAAAGAAGAGGCCUCCCCUCUUCCAUGCAGUGAAUCUCCAUCCUCCACUGCACCCCCGGCUGCUUCCUUAGAGACUUGCAGUGACAUAGGGACUAGUGCCUCUCACUGCACUUCAAGCUCAAACACCCCUCAGAAAGAUCAAAAGAGCCACAGCCCAGCUGACCUUUAUCCUUCUGGCCAAAUGAACUCCCCACCCUCCACCUUAACCUCACCAGUGCUCCUGGGGGGUCCACUGGUUCUCCAGCUCCAGCCCCUACCUCUGGCCCAGCCCUCGGCCUCAGCAGGCUCUUCACCUGGGGCGCCAAGUGGCAUUUGGCUCACUCAUGUGGUCAUGGGGCUCCAGGGUGCAACAGGACAAAAUGUCACCCUGCUGGCCCCACAGGUGCCCUCCACCCCCACCACCCUGUUAUCACUAAACAGUGGAGAUACCAAGUCAGCUGAUCAGAAGUACGUGAAGAUCGCCCCUCUGCCCAUCACUAUGAGGACUCUAGAGAUCACAGGCAUGACUGGGGUUGGGGGCCAGGGCAAUGGUCUGCUUAAGGCCGUGGCCCCCCGGAUGACCAGACUGCCACCUACAGAGAGGGUCCAUAAGUGCUCCCACCCAGGCUGUGGGAAGAUGUACACCAAAAGCAGCCAUCUGAAAGCUCACUUCCGCCGGCAUACAGGAGAGAAGCCCUACACAUGUAGCUGGCCUGAGUGUGGAUGGAGGUUCUCCCGAUCUGAUGAACUGUCUCGUCACCGCCGCUCUCACUCUGGCAUCAAGCCAUAUGAGUGCUCACUGUGCGAGAAGAAGUUUGCCCGCAGUGACCACUUAUCCAAACACACGAAGGUCCACCGCAGCUCCAGGCCCAGCAGGAUUAUCAGAGCCACUGUGUGACACCUUCAGCUGGCCUAAACCCUGACCUGCCCCCACCCAGCCUGGCCUGGCUCUGAUGGGGGGGGGUCUGGGUCUCCCUCAGGACUUUUGGUGCUUCACAAGCAGAACUUUCAGAAGAACAGUGAGAGCUGGCUGCUGUUUUCCCUUCAUUUUUUCCUUCCUGUCUUUCCCUCCUGCUGUUCAUCUUUUACUGUUCUUUCUGAGCAGCUUGUCUUAUACUGAGCAGCCACCUCAGGAAAAAAUCCACUGACAAUGGAUUUCCUGGCCUUCACACACACGCACACACACACACACACACACACACACACACACACGACAAAACACAUAAC